AUGAAAUUAUCGAUCGCGAGUUUCAGCAGUCGACUACUCUUACUCUUACAACUAUUGACAGGCUGGCUGUCGCUAUAUGUGCUAGCUGAAGUCUAUUUUCAAGAAACGUUUUCUGAUAAUACCUGGGAAAAGCGGUGGAUUCACUCAAAGCAUCGUGAUGACCUUGGCUUGUUUAAAGUUUCUCCUGGCAAGUUUUUUGCUCAUGAGAUAGAGUCGCGUGGGUUGCAGACGUCACAGCAUGCACGGUUCUAUGCUAUUUCGGCAAAGUUGGAUAAACCAAUAGAUAAUGCCGAGAAAAACCUAGUGGCCCAAUUCUCGGCUAAAAAUGAGCAAAACAUUGACUGUGGAGGGGGUUAUAUCAAGCUUCUUCCGCCCGGAUUUAAUCAAUCUGAUUUCCGUGGCGACUCGGAAUAUAAUAUUAUGUUUGGGCCUGAUAUCUGUGGCAGCGUCCGUAAAGUCCAUUUUAUCAUACAACAUGAUGGCAAAAAUAAAUUAGUCAAGAAAGAGAUUACCGCUCCCAUAGAUCAACUAACACAUUUAUAUACAUUGAUCAUCAAACCAGAUCAGACAUAUACCGUACUAAUUGAUUCCAAAGAGGAACUGUCCGGCAAAUUAGAAGAAGACUUUGAUAUUACGCCUAAACUAAUUGAAGAUCCUGAUGCCAAAAAACCCGAUGACUGGGUAGACAACGCAAAAAUCAAUGAUCCAGAUGAUAAAAAACCCGAUGAUUGGGUAGAUGGUCCAGAACUAAUAGAUGACCCUGAAGCCAUAAAACCCGAAGACUGGGAUGAUGAGAUGGAUGGAGAAUGGGAAGCGCCACAAAUACCAAAUCCUAAAUACAAAGGCGUAUGGACGCCACGUCUUAUACCAAAUCCAGAUUACAAAGGUGAAUGGAAAGCUCCCCUAAUUCUAAAUCCCGACUACAAAGAAGACUCGGUACUUCACGCGUUCAACACUGAAUAUGUUGGCUUCGAUCUAUGGCAAGUCAGAUCCGGCACUAUUUUCGAUAAUAUCCUAAUUACGGAUGACAUAGAGUACGCAGAAAAAUUCGCGAAUGAGACAUUCGCCGAGUAUCGUGAAGCCGAACGAGAUGCCAAGAAAUCACUUGAUAAAAAAGAGUCAAAGAAAGGUGUUGCUGAUAAAGAGAAAAAUGCUGCUGAUAAAGAGAAAGAAGCCGAACCCUUGGAAAGUGAAGAUGAACACUCUGAAAUUAAAGUUGAUAUACCUAUUCCUGAGGAACAAGGUUCAAAGGUUACAGAAACCCCCGUCUUAUCUAAACAAGACGACGAGGAAUUUGACAAAUUAUUUGCUGAUUUUGAACGCGACGAAUUAUAA